AGAUUUUUUCGUCUUUGCAUAACCUCACUAUCUGCAAUAAAGCACAAAAAAUAUUUUCACACUUCAGUUUUAAAAAGUAUUAAAUAUAAAAUUUUUUUUCCAAUAAGUAUCAAUUGUAUUUAUGAUUGUGUUUGAGAUGCUGUUUAUAUAUUAAAUAGUAUAAAGGCAUUAUUAUACAGUUUCACCGUAUGUUUCGCAUUCUUUGAGAAAGUGGAAAACAAUUUUUCUAAAAUAAAAGUGUUAAUUUUACCGGUUAUCAUGAAUUACAAUUGCAUUUACAUCUGCUGUUUGUUUACAAGGAGGAUUUGAUCUCGCAGAAUAAUAAAACAACCCUUCAUAACAUUGUAGAUAUUCCUGUUUGAAGCGCGGUCACAUGAGUGAUAAUAAUAUUGUAGUCAAUACAUUUUAUUUAUCGAGCGAUUUCUUUUUGUGCAAAAAUUGGAAAAUUCUAAUGACAUGAUUUUAAGAGUAAACCUUUAAUGAAAAGGAUCACGAAGAUGCUUUAGGAGUAAGGAGGCUAAUGAAAAGGCAAAACUUGUUGUCACGUGGUUUAUUUGAAGAAACGAGUUUUUGCGUGAGCUAAAGCAUUUGUCUCCGGAACCGAGUACUCGCGUCUCUUUUGAAGAAGCAAAUUAGACUACACACAUACUGAUGUUGACGUUUCGAGAAUUGAGUUUUUUUACCUGGACAAGGCAGAUAAAAAAAAAAUGAAGGCUACACUGACUUUUCCAUAACAGUGACGAUAAUAUACAUAUACUCAUUGAAGUAUAUAAAGAACAUGUAUAACCAUAAUCGCUUUCAGUCGUAAGCGUGACUUGUUAGGAGCCAACAUCAGGGAAAAGUGAUAGUUUCGUUAAUAUAUUUUUUCCCUGCUAAUUGAUUGAGUAAAUAAUUAAAUUUACAUUUUAUAUUAUCAAGUGCAAAAAUUCUAUAUUCCCCCAAAAAAAAAAAAAUAUUCGUGCCAGUGACUCAGAUCGAAUCAUUGACCUUCUACAAAACUCGAUUUCUUCUUGUUGCAUUCCCAAGACGUUCGGCGACAACUUUUUUCAUCUCGUCGCUUGUUCUCAAAAUUAUUCAGAAAUGUCGAUUGGAAAACCAAAUCGUUGGAGGACACGAAGGGAUGGCAAUUGGAUCAGUAAAUUUGUGAAGAAGAGAAUACCAAUUGUGUCUUGGUUGCCAAAGUAUGAUUCGGAAAAAUUAUUCAAUGAUGCGAUUGCAGGAGUGACUGUUGGGCUUACUGUAAUGCCCCAGGGACUUGCUUAUGCAACCCUUGCUGGAUUAGAGCCACAGUAUGGUCUCUAUUCGGCAUUUAUAGGCGCAAUAGUCUAUGUAUUUUUUGGAUCCUGUAAAGAUAUAACAAUUGGUCCAACAGCUUUAAUGUCAUUGAUGACUCAUGAAUAUGUUCAAGGUCGUAGUGUUGAUUUUGCAAUUCUUCUCGCAUUUUUGACAGGAUGCAUGCAAUUACUUAUGGGAUUUCUACGAUUAGGUGUUCUGGUGGAUUUUAUCUCAGUUCCCGUCACUGUGGGAUUUACUUCAGCAACAUCAGUGAUAAUUGUAGUCUCACAAUUAAAAGGUCUUUUGGGUUUGAAAAUUUCUUCCUCGGGAUUUAUGGAUACAUUGAAAGCUGUUUUUCAAAAUAUUGGCAACACAAGCGUUUGGGAUACAAUAAUGAGUUUCUCAUGCAUCAUUAUUCUUCUAUUAUUUAGAAAAAUGAAAGAUAUAAGUCUUUGUGCCGGAAGUGAGAAACCAACAAAACGUCAAUUGAUAAUGAUGAAAAUUAUAUGGUUGAUUUCAACUGCCAGAAAUGCAAUUGUCGUUGUCAUUUGUUCGGUAAUUGCAUUUAAAAUGGAAUCCUCAACGAAUGGUUCACCUUUCAUUCUCACUGGUACAGUCCGCUCGGGUCUUCCACAUUUUAGUUUUCCACCAUUUUCCACACAAGUAAAUAAUCGUACAUUAAAUUUUGUGGAAAUGUGUUCAGAACUUGGACCAGCAAUAUUUCUUGUACCAAUUAUUGGUGUUUUGGGUAAUGUUGCAAUUGCAAAAGCAUUUGCAAGUGGAAAUAAUGUUGAUGCUACACAAGAAUUAUUGACACUUGGUAUUUGUAAUGUACUUGGAUCUUGUGCCAGUUCAAUGCCAGUCACUGGAUCAUUUAGUAGAUCAGCGGUUAAUCAUGCUAGUGGAGUAAAAACACCAAUGGGCGGACUGUACACUGGAGUCUUGAUACUUUUAGCAUUGACUCUGCUCACUCCGUAUUUCUAUUUCAUUCCCAAAGCGUCAUUAGCUGCCGUUAUUAUUUGCGCUGUAAUUUACAUGAUUGAAUAUGAAGUUGUGAAAUUAAUGUGGAGAUCAAGUAAGAAGGAUCUUAUUCCCACUUUUGCUACUUUUCUAUUUUGUUUAAUUAUUGGCGUGGAAUAUGGAAUAUUGAUUGGAGUCGCUAUUAAUAUUAUGUUUUUGUUAUAUCCUUCUGCUAGACCAAAGAUACACGUUGAAAAAUGUAUUACUGAAUCGGGUUCUGAAUACCUUUUAGUAACACCAGGUAAUAGUCUUUAUUUUCCGGCUAUUGACUUUAUAAAACAAUCGGUUGGUCACGCUGGAGUGAAACAAGGAUCUAGUCAAAUACCAGUUGUUGUUGAUUGUCGCUAUGUCUUAGGUGCGGAUUUUACUGCCGCAAAAGGAAUUGCUGCAUUGAUUAGUGAAUUUAAUAGUCGAAAGCAGGGACUUUAUUUUUAUAAUCCUCGCAGUGAUGUCGUUGCUGUAUUGAGAGGAGCUUGUGGAGAAGAAUUUCAACAUGUCUCAACUGAAGAUGAAUUAUCGUACUUAUUAAAUACAAGUCGAGACAAAAAUUCACAAGAGCUUUUGGAAUUGAAUCGCGAUAAAUAUGAGCCAUUUGUAGCAAAUAAUCCUGAAUUAACUCAUCGAAGUUCUUAUGUAUCCGGCCAUGAAUUGAGAGAAGUGAAGACAACGCUGUUACAUGCAACGGGAAGUUGAAAUUUUAUUAUUUAAAUCUUUCUGAUUUUGUGUACAAAUGGUUUUAGAUUUUCUGAAUCACUUUUUUUUUCUUUUUUUUUUAUGAUAUAUUGUUUUUAUCACAAUAGUCAAAUUAACUCCAGACGUGUUAUGCUUUAUUUACAGUCUAUUUAGAUAACAAUAUUGCAUGUAGAAAGUUGAUACGCAUAUGAAGCAUUCAAAUCGUUAUAAAUAUUAUAUAGUAUUUCAAUGCGUACAAAAAAAAAAGAAAAAUCUUCUUUUACGUCUGCAAAGGAGAGAGGAUAGAAAGACGGAUAUUUCUUUAAAAAAAAUUUUUUUUUCGUAUUAUAAAGACGUACAUUUCUUAUUAGAGUUUAAUGAAUUUCUAUAUAAAGGAUAUUAAAAUUAUAAUUAUUAUAUAUAUAUUAUUGAUAUUUAAGCAGCUUUACAUGACAACAACAAAAAAAUGUCUCAUGCACAUAGAUUUGACAAAGUAUUCAUUUUUUUUAGAAUUGUAAAAAAAUUUUUUUUUACAUAAUUAUUUGUGAAAAAAAUUUAUUAGUGAAAGGCUGUGAAAAAAAAAUAAUUGACCAAUAUUUGGACAUUUUUUUUGGAAAAAUUUUCUCUAAAAAAAAAAUUUCUCAUCUCAUUGAAACGAUCAUAUAUUUGAUAAAAUAAUUUGACUUUUGAAAGAUUGAAAAGUUUUGUUUUUGACGUUAAUAAUACCAGUGAAAAGACAAAUUUAAUUUGUGUAUCUGUUGUCAAGUGAGGGUUUAUGAUAAUUGUUAAAAAAAAACUUGAAAUGAUCGAUGUCUUCAUUAAAAUCAUUUAGAUAGUAAGUUCAUUUUAUGUAUAAAAAUAAGAUAUUUCUUUUUUUUUUUUACAUAACUCAGUAAUUAAAUCUGUUUAUUCUAUUUUCUUUUUUUCGUUCUUUGAUAAAAAGAAAAUUAUACUUAAAGAAAAUAAUUAGGGUCAAAUAAUGCGUAGCUGAUUUAAUUUUUGGUUGUCAAUUAAGUAAAAUAUUAAAUUAACUUAUUAAUUAAGAAUUAAUAUUGUACGGAAUUAAUCAACAGGUAUUCUAUCUAGCAAGACCUUGUAAUAUAGAAUUGCAUUUGGAGAGGUAAUUUCAUUCUUAAAGACAAAUAUGAUCAAAAAUUAGGAAUUUUCAAACCAUUUUCUAAAUUAGGGUUUUCUUUUUCAUUUAGUUUUAUGUUCAUAAAACCUUAUUACCUCUUCUAUGACACGAGAUUCUAAAUGAAUCUGUGUUCUUUCAUCUGAAGUUAACUAUAAACUUGAUAAAACCCAUUUCUGCAUAUGAACUUGAAAGAGUCCUUUUCUUGUCUUCAUUGUCUCCUUAUCCAAUUUCCCGGCAGUAUGUCCUGGCCUUUUGAAUGUGAUUUCAUAUUCUUUGAUCACGAUGAUAAUCUGAUCAGGAAGCCUCUUAUAAGAAUCAGUUUGCUCCAUGACGUUUAAUUAUUAAAAAUCGCAGUCCAUAAACAUAGAAUGGUGUAAAAACAAACAAAAAAUAAUUAAUUGCUGCUUUUAUCAUUUAAAAAUUAUGUAUAAAUCUUAACUAACUCAGUAAAAGUCUCCAUCAUCCCUAACAAUUUUCGCCACACUAGUUGGCUUAGAAAUUUCAAUUUCUUGAAUUAUUACAUUGUAAAAUUAAUUUCAUAAGUUUUUCACAACCUGCAAGAAAAUUCAAGAAGAAAAUUAAUCCAAUUUUUAAUUUUAAUCUCUAAUCCUUGACAAAUCACGAUUAAUUAAGCCCUAUUAAAUUCGUCUUUGUCCAUCACUUGGAACUUACCAAAUUCUUUUUUCUUUAGACCUUUUUCAGUAUCAUAUGAAAGUUAAACAUUAAGUGUCGUCAUUUUAAUAGACAAUUAUAUAACCAAAGUUAAUUAAAAUAUAAGUUAUUUUGGCAGUUCUCCCAAUUAAUCAACAGUAUUUUUCUUAAUGCAGCGAAAUGACCUUUUUAUUAAUUUUAAUAUAUAUUGUAUAACAAUAUAUAAGUAUAGACUUGUUUUUAAUAUUUUUAAGUAUUCAUAAAAAUUAAUAUUAUUAGUGUUUUUAAUUGCUCAUAUAUAAAUAAAAUUGUCUCAAUGUCCUAUUUGGAAUGCCUGUAAACACAUUAUCCGAAUGUUUUGUUUUUUAUUAUUAUUAUUUUAAAGUGAUUUAUCUAGUUUUAGCAAAUAUGUGAAAGUAUGACAUACGUGUGAACUGAGACAAGUAAAUUUUAGAUCUGAUCGGCACAUGACUAUAAUUUAUCGAAUUAAUUUUAUAAAUUCUAAAUAUCUGCAAUAAUGACACUGCCGUACUUAAGAAAGUUAACAAAAGUUUAUAAAAAAAAAAUGAAAUAAUGCUGCAAUUUUCGUAUUUUGAUAGUUUGUGUAAACCAAUUUGAGAUAUUAAAAUUAAUAUUGUUAUUAAUAUGAUAAUUAUUAGAUACUAUUAGAUAUUAUUAAUAUUAUUAUUAUUACAAUAUUAUUAUUAUAUUAUUAUUAUUGUAUUAUUAUAUUAUUAUCCAAUUAUUAUUACUAUUAUUUAUAGAAUUAUAUGAAGCAGUAGCAAAAUGAAAAGAGAAUAAAAAUGUACAGAUCA